GUUUAACUGUCAAUAUGACAUCUUCAUGCAUGGUUGCAGUAGUUUCUGAAACUCUAAUAUCAUUUUUAAACCAUAAAAUUAUCGUGCAAAAUUAAAAUAAGCUAAUGCGGAAUUAUUAAAAACAAAUAUUUCGUACUUCUUUUGGAAACAUGAAUAAAAUUAAACAAAGGUCACGAUCAUCACGGUCUUCAGAUCGAUCUUCAACUCAGUCUGGAACCUAUUCGACUUCGAGAUCAAGAUCAGCAUCUGACUCGAGAUUGCGAUCUCAAUAUGAUAGGAAAGUAACAGACUUGGAACCUAUAAAAAGCAUCUCUAGCAGCUUAGAAGUUCACACAAGUCGAGGAACAGUUAUAUACAAUGGAAUAUGUAACGGUCCAGACUAUUACAGCAGAAUCCUGGGUCCCACCGUAGACGAAAGUAUAUUAGUCGGUCUUAAAAUGUUAAUUAAUAUGGGCUUCGCACUACCUAAUUGUAAUGACUAUCCACCUAGGCAAGAAUUGCCUGUCGCCCCUGAAAGUGCUACAGAUGUUGCAUCCCAAACUGAAUCCUCAGGAACUGAAAGUAAAACGUCUCAAACGACAGAAAUUGUAUCUAGCGUGAUAUCUUCUGCAGACGUGCCUAUUGGAGUCAGUGAAGAAACCUACGCCGUGGAUUACGAAGCUUCGAUAUCUGAAAAAUCUGAAACUCCGGAAUCAAUAUCCGAACCUCCCGAAACAGAGUCUGAAUCUCCCGAACCAAAAUCCGUUUCAAGCGAGAAUUUGACUAACAUAUCGCCUAGUUUAUCUUCCGAAGAACAAAUAAUAGAACCUACAAAAACAAGCACAAUUUUAAUUUCAGAACCAAUUUCAGAACCAAUCAUGGAAGACACUCUAUCAAAAGAGGAAGAACGUGAAGUUAGUACACAUAAUUCAGAGAAAUUGGUUGAGGAAGAUCCUGUUGCGGAACCAGAUGUUGAAUCAGUUGUAGAAUCAGUUAAAGACGAAGAAAAAUCUGAAGAUGUUAUAAGAGAAGUAUCGCCGAUAAAAAUUGAAGAAGAAAUUGCCGAAGUAGCGCCAGAAAAAAUUGAAGAAGAAAUAUCAGAAGAAGCGCCAUUGGAAAAAAUUGACGAAGAAAUGGCUGAAGAAUUAUCGGAAAAGAUUGAGAAAGAGAUAUCAAGAGUAGAAGUUAAAGAAAAUAUUCCAAAAGAAAUUCCAGAAGAAAUUCCAGAAGAGUUUGAACAAACGGCAUCCUAUAAAAGUGAAGAAACUAGAAAAUCUGAAAAAGAAAACGAAAUAGAAAAACAAGAAUUUACAGAUCCUCAGUCGACAGUUACAGAAGAAGAAUUACAAACAGAAGGCGUUAGAAUAGAUGACGACAUAUUGAGCCUAUCGGAAGUCGUAGGAAAUGCAAGUGACAAAAGUCAAGAUGACUCGGAAACGUCAGAAAUCCUAUCAACUUUUGUAACACCGAUUAAAGAAUCAUCGGUCAAUAAAUACAGAAUCUACAGAUCUAAUUUUGUUGACGAAAUCGUAGUAGCUACUGCAACCUAUGCUCAAGAUGAUCUGCCAUUAUUACACUCUCAAGAAAUUACAAGGAACACUUCUAUAAAACCCUCACGUGUAUCUAUAAAAGAAUCUAAACCGUCUAAAAUGUCAGACACGGACUCGGAGACAGAGGCCAAAGAAACGAAACAUCCACGUAGGACAUCAAAAGAGUCCGCCCAGGAAUCGAAAGGUUCUAAAAGAGAUACAAAAGAUUCCAGACGAGGUUCGGACGAAUCGAAGAAAAGGCAAGAACGAAAAGAAUCGAAAAAGGAACGCAAACCAUCUUUGGAACAAUCGGAAUCAAUAGCGACGAAAGACCGGAAAAGUUUAUCGGAAAAAAAUAAAUCGAAAGAACGAAGAAGUACUAUGGAAACUAAAAAAUCGAUUGAUUCGAAAAAAUCCAAAGUAUCGAAAACAUCUGAGAAACGUAAAGUAAAAGAAGAGCCUAUUCAAGAAGUAACUGAAACGGAUAUUACCGAAGAUACAGACCAAUCAGUUACAACAAGAACGUUGGAAACGACUUCUGAUAGCUCUUCUGAGGGCUCUGGAUAUGAUACUUCAGAAGAAAAAUGUCCUACAAAGAACAAAUGUUCCAAAACUGACAAAUCUUCAUCUACAGCUUCUAUUUUGAAAUCUUCCACUUCCUCAAAGUCUAAAGAAUCCAGUACGGAUACAUACAUUUGCGCCUGUCACAUCCACGCCAAUGGAGAACAACAAAAUACAGAAAACAUCAGAUGUAUGUGUCCGCCUUCCUACUGCCCUCGUUGCGAGACCAAAAAAACACCAGUGGUAGUAACAUGUCCUUUCAUAACGGCUUGUAUGACAGGCGAAGAGGGUCCUAAUGAAAUGCCUAGAAAUAGUGACCGUACCUGUCCCUGUACAACAGCGAUCAUAAAUGAUAUAAUGAAAAACCAGAAUCAAAAAAACAAUUGUGACAAGGGCACAGACAACCGCGUCAGGAGCACCACUGAAGACCAAAAACUAUUAUGCGACUGUUAUACAAGCACUUCUUCCACGGGAUACACAUCAGGUUCAGAUUCCAACGGCAACAUGCAACGGGGAGAUUGCCCGGCUAAAGGUAAUGUGAGGUACGCCAUCACAAAAAUUACGGAAUACGGAAGGUUUACUACUUUUGAAGUAAUGAAGAGUACCAAGAAAGUGCCGAAGUUUAUGCCAAAAGGUUUAGAAGGAGUUUUUGUACUAAAACAUAAGUCUUAAAUGUUUAAAGAGUCUGUAGAAUUUUGUGGCAAUAUAAUUUUGACACUUGUGGAAACCUAAUAAACGGUUUUUAAAGAU